AAACUCCUUCCAGGUUUUAUGCAUCGUAGGGUUUUUAUCGUGUUGGUUAUUAGUGUGGUACUUGGAACUUUUAUUGUCUUAAGAAGUCAUCACUGGUUUACCUUGUGGGUGGGGUUGGAGGUGAAUACUUUGUCUAUUUUACCUAUUUUAUGUGGAGGGUUUUUACCUCGAAAGGUAGAGUCGUCGGUAAAGUAUUUUUUGGUACAGUCCGUGAGGGCUGCUGUCAUACUGAACGUUGUUGUUAUCCAAGCUUGGUUUAGUUCCUCGUGGCUAGUCGAUCAACCCUUACUUAGGGUUUCUUCCGUGCUGAUUACCUUGGCCGUGGGGCUUAAGUUAGGGCUCUUUCCAUGUCACUAUUGGUUCCCAGAUGUUGUUCAGGGGGUUGGCUUUCUGGAGGGUUUGGUUUUGUCAACUUGACAGAAGUUGGCUCCCUUUUCUGUCUUGGUGUAUGUAAUUAAUAGCGUAGACAUUCGGGCGUUGGUCUGUUUGGGUGUCCUUUCUGUGUUGAUAGGUGGGUGAGGUGGUUUGAAUCAGACGCAGGUGCGAAAGAUCUUGGCUUUUUCAUCGGUAGCACAUAUGGGGUGGAUCUGUUCGACCGUGGGGUAUUCUGUUAAUGCCGGUUGCAUUAUGUUGUUGGUUUAUGUAAUUACUAAUUCUAGGGUGUUUUUGAUUGCGAGAGAGUUUGAUUUAAAGACCUUAUCCCAUGUAGGUCGGCUCUCGUACUUUAGUCUUGGGGGGAGUGCCGGCAUGGUGUUGGGUGUACUUUCCUUGGGGGGUUUGCCUCCUCUUUUUGGCUUUCUGAUAAAGUUCGUUUCUCUUAAGUGUCUUCUUGAGAGGGGUAGUAUUCUGGCGAGGGGCUUUUUAGUCGCAGGAAGUUUGCUUAGUUUGUUUUAUUACCUCCGCGUGUCCUUUAAAAGGAGUUUGGUACUGUUUCCUCAACAUUCUUUAGUUCUCUUUGGUUGGCGGGGGCUGCUGGGUGGAAAAUCAGGUGCUGUUACGGUUCGUGGUUUGGUUCUUUGCGGGGGUUUAAGGGUAAGUUUGCUGGGUCUGGUGAGUCUUCCUGUGUUCGCUUCUUUGCUGUAGAUUUUAUACGGAAUAAUUAGAUUUUUAAAGACUAGCCUUGUAAGGGUGAGGGAAUAAUAAAACUGUGAUGUUUUAAGUUUACCAAAAUAUUGAUAGUUUGGGACAAGCAGGAGUAGUAGGUUAUCAGUGAAACUCGUAGUAAGAGCUAAAGGGGUAGUACCGUGAGGGAAAGUUGAAAUAUCGUGAAAUAUCUAAGAGUAGGAAAGAAAGAGUAAAGUCCUGUACCUUUUGUAUGAUGGUUCGGUGAGUAUUUUGGUAAAGAGUUGCCGUACCCGAAUUUGAGCGAGCUAGUGUACUCUCCUUGUGAGGAGAAGGCUUUUACUGUUGCAAUAGUAAGGUUUGAGGGUACAUUAGAUGUGAAAUGUUUAUCGUGCUCAACGAUAGCUGGUUUCCCCGGAAAUUGGUGUUAGCCAUGUU